GUGAGAGGAACUACAUUGGCGUCCUAUGUUUAUCUCUUUUGUUGGCAUCUCAUUGCUAAUUUUGUCCUCUUAAUGAUAACGUUAUGUAACGUUAUGAUAACGAUAUGUACAUACACAUCAUUGUCUCAAAUGUCUCAAGAUAAGAUAGUUGGUGUCGACAUUCUUUUGGAAUUUUUGGAAAUAGCAUUCAAUCAUAUAUUAUUUUUCCGCAAAAUCUAUCCCAAGGAAAUUUUUGUUAAGAGAAAGAUAUAUGGAAUUACGAUAUAUGUAUCAGAACAUCCAGAACUGAAUGAAUAUUUAUUAAACGUUCUAAACGCCAUUAGAGAAUUAAUAAGGGAAGAUGAAAACAGUGUUAAAGCCAUUAAUCUCACCUUUUACAAAAACAAGUUGCCGAUAGAAAAAUUUGUCUUUGAUAUGAUUAAACUGCAGGCAGAACUUACAGAGAAGGAUCCAUAUUAUUUAAAAACAGAAGAAGCAUUGAAGACAAUUUGCUUAAAGUUAUCAAUAUGUGGCACAUAUUUAAAACCUAUUCCCGAGAAUUCAACCUUUUCUAUUGAAAUUCAGACAUAUGAAACUGCACAUAUCAUUUUGAGUGAAAAUCCAAAAUGUGAAGACUUUCCAUGGAUUAUUAAAGAUGAUGUAAUGGAGAUGACUGAUAAAAAUCUAUUGCCACUGAAAGAUAUUAGAACAGAUUGUUUAAACUUUCAAAUAUAUGUGAUUGAAGAUACCGCAAACAAAACUUAAGAUUCAAGUGUUAUCAUUGUAUUCAUCAAAUAUGGAAUGUCAUUGAAACUUGAUGCAUCGUCGAAGGAAAACACAGAACAUAUUGCAUCAACCUUAUCCUUGCAUGCCUGAAAAAGAUUCUGCAUCUCAUGUUUUUUAUUGUGAAUGUAGUUCCACAAGAGCUCAUAUAUAUUAUUUCUCAAACAUA